AUGGAUGCAGCAGAAACAAGCGUUCUUUCGACCGAAAAUCAAUCUUUGGCCGAAGAAAUAAAUAGUGUAUCGGCCAGUAUUGUCAAUCAACAGGUAUGUUGAAAAAAAUGGCAUAAAACCAAGUCGGAUUCCCCAAUGUUUCCCCCAAAAAUUAUUUCACAAAAAUGCUCAAAAACAAAUCUCAUUAUGACAAUCAUUAAUUUUAUCGAUAGAAAGUUUUAUAAUUGAUUCACCAACUUUCCCAACGAAUUUUUUUUCAUAAGAACAUAAUGAACAUAACUAUACAGCAGAUAAAAGGAAAAUUGUCUACUUUCAAUUUUGUUUCUCCAGGGACGUCGCGAAGUCAUUAGUGAGCUUAAGCAAGCGACGUUUUUGUCAACACGAACGCUGGUAUAACUCAUUUUGCAUGCAUUUUGUAUCAUAGCGCUCGUGUAAAAAAGCAAAAAAUUUAAAAAUCUUAUGUUUUGUCAUAUGUGUAAAAAGAUUAAUACAAACUGAUGCAAACACAGUUUUUAAUCCAGUUUCCCCUCGGCAAUCUGGCGUCCGUGUUGACAAAAACCUCGCUUGUUUAAGCUCGCUAUUAACAUUUGGGGCGGGGGGGGAGGGUUGUCGAGUUGCUUUGACCAACUUUUCCAAACAAUUGAGCCAAACAGUAAAAAAUGUUCCGGGAAAUUUCCAGCAUUUUCUCCAACAAUUGACCAACUUUAACUAGGAAUGUUCGGUAUGAGAAAUUUCCGGUAUCGGUAUACCGAAAAAAUUAUACCGAUAUUAUCGGUAUACCGGUUUUCCUUUGAUAAUUAUAAAAGAAAAUUAUUUAAUGGAAAUUUGAAGGAAAUUUUGAGUAAUUCUAAAAGGGAAAACGAUAAUUUCGAAGCUGUUUCGAACAUGUUUCGAAAGACACGUACUCAGUGUAAAAUCUCACUGAAGUGGAAAUUCUAAAUCAUUGCAGUAGAAAGUUCUUUGAAUUGCCAUUCAGAAGUAAAAUAAAGGUUAUGGUUUCGCCAUAUAGUUGGUAAAUUUAACACGGUAUACCGAAAAAUUCCAGUUAUCGGAAAUUUCGGUAUAUCGGUAUGGUUGAAUAUCCGGUAUCGAUAUACCGAUAUUGAUUUAAUAGCGAUAUUUUCGGUAUAUCGGUAUACCGAACAGUCCUAACUUUAACCUGCAACUAUGACCACAUUUUCCCAUUUUGAUCUUCAUCUUCUAUAGACUACAUAUAACAGUUCUUCCAAAUGAUUGUGUAUCUAUAAUGUUCCAAGCAGCACUAAGCUGUAUAUUAAUCAAAGUAAUCAGAAUUUUUACCUAAUUAAAAUUUGACAAUUUCGUUACACAAAUGUUGCCAUAUAUUGCAGAACAACGAAAGCGAGAGUAUUUUAAGCUGCUACGUCUGCCAUUUAACCGACUCCUCUGACGAGAAGGGCCACCUAAGAAAAUUUAGUGACAGUACAUGGACAACAAUAACGCAUGUUGCUGCCCUGCGCAAGAAUUUGAAAUCUGACAAAUACCUUGGGGUUACACAAACAAUUUUGUCUAGCAGUGAUCGUGAAUCCUUAUCUAUCGGCUAUCACGCUUCCUGCCACAAGAGUUACACAGCAGUAAAACGUGCGAAAGAAGAUCUGGCACCAGAUGAUGAAUCCGCGACAAAAAUUCGGUGUACCGAGACAAGACGUUCCAGUGCGUUUCCGAAGUCGGAUGGGCAAGGUAUAUUGAAAGGGACUUGCAUUUUCUGCAGUAAAAGUCGAAAAAAGAAAAAUGGAAAAGACGAGCCCAGACUGAAGGUUGCGACAAUUGCCGGUUGCGAGUCACUCUAACAUAGGGCAAAGUUUUCGAAAAACGAACAUAUAAAGAGUCUUGUUCGGAGUAGUGUAGACCUUAUUGCAAAAGAAGCAGAGUAAAACAAAUCCUGCCGUGUACAGUUUUUGAGAGAUACCGACAAACAAGAUAAACCCAUGGAAACGACAUCAUCGCAGUCCUGUCACAAAAUGGCAUUUGCAUCUUUACUUUCCUUUAUCCAGGAUGAAGUUUUGGCAAAGCAUCGAACAAUAUUCGUCAGUGAUUUACUUGCCAUGUACAAGGAGGAAUACGCCAGUAUUGGGGAAAGUGGGACAGAAUCAGAUGUACCGGUUUACACUGCUCAAAAUCUUACUAGAAAGAUAAAAGAUCAUUUGAAGGAUAGAGUUACGAUAACACUGGUAAACCAGCGAAAAGGUAACUGUAUCCAUAGUUCUGAUAUUCCAGAAGAGGAAGCCCAUAGUCGCCUUCAUGAAGAUUCGAAGCGGUACGAAGAAAAUAGCAAAUUAAGAUGGGCCGCUUUACAUCUCAGAUCUCAAAUUAUGAAGCUUCCAAAAACCAGGACACCUAAUCCGGCGACAGUGCAAACUUUGAAGGAAUGCGCCCCGGAAAUGCCAGAACAGUUAGACUUGUUCUUGAGAAGUCUUCUUGGCGGUAUUACACCCAUUCUUAACGGCACACAAAAGGAUAUCCUUGACCGAAAGAUGACUGCGAUGGGAUCGGAUGCCAUUUACAACGUCAAUCGUGGUACCGUAAAACCAUGGAAACAUACGGCAUUGGCUCUCGGUUUAGCAUCCCUUACAGGAUCAAAACUGGUUACACAGAUUCUGAACAGAACAGGACAUUGUAUUAGUUACAGUGAGACCAAAGGCCUCGAAACUGAGUUCGCCUAUUCAGUUGCGGGCGACGAGCACGACGCACCAGAUGGCAUUCGCCUUGAUCCAAACGUAUCAACAGCUUGUGUUUGGGAUAACAAUGAUGCGAACGUGGAAACCCUGGAUGGAAAAGAAACGUUACACGCUACUGUAGGUCAUACAUACCAGAAUGUGUUGCAAGAUGAUGAACAGGCUAAUUCAAAUCCAAUCGCGUUUCGAGAAAAGAGAAAUCGACGGAGUUUUGUGGGAAACGAAAGAGAAAUACCAGCUUUCAGGAAAUCCCUCCAUUCUGCCGAAUUUAUCAGUCCUACUGCAGCAGCUACCUCUGAUACCGUUGGCUCAGCACUCAGUACACCAGCCCGGACAACCGUCGGAGAAUCGGAUGAAUGCCAUGUUCACCUUAAGGUUGUGGAUCUGUACUGGUUCUGGAAAUUGAUGGAAGGCAACACUCCAUUGUAUGCAGGAUUUAUGAGCAAGUAUAUCGAGGACCCUCUGCCACUUCAACGAAUUUGCUACAUGGAUCCAAUAUCCAGAUCACCCACAAAUAAUGAUGUCGUGAGGGAGACGAUGAUUCGUACCAUGAACGUUGCGAACGAAACAGGCCAAGAAUAUGCAGUAGUCACUUAUGAUUUGCAAGUUGCCCUGAAAGCCUACUCUAUUCAGGCGAUCGAAACUCCCAUGUUUGACAAGCUGUUGGUAAUGUUGGGCCAUUUCCACAUCGAGUUGGCGUUCUACGGAGCGGUUGGUACAUUUAUAAAUGACAGUGGAAUCGAAUAUAUACUUACCGAAGCCAACAUCUUGGCAGAAGGUUCAAUGAUGGGGUUUAUCAAGGGAAAGUUCUAUAACAGAUGCACACGAAUCCACGAAUUACUUGCUAAUGUUUUGGAGCAGAAGUUGUACGAACGCUUUGUCUUUGAAACACCUGAAGUAGACCACGAUUUGUUCCAACAAGUGAUGUCCACAGUACCAGUGGAUUCCGGAAGAGCAUUGGAACACCUAACGGAUCCAGUUGUGACCGCUCACCUGCAGAAAUACGAGGAAUUCUUCCAGAAGGUUCUCGACGGAAAGCUCGGGUCAACAGCUCAGUUCUGGGCCAUUUACAUCUUUAUGAUCAAUCGCCUCCACAGAGAGCUGCAGAGAUGCGUUAAGAUGAACGACGUUGGUGGCUACAUUAAGAUAUUCCCAACACUGUUGGUGGUAUACUUCGCCCUGAACCGACCAAACUACGCGAGAUGGGGAACACUUUUUUGCAUAAGUUGAAGAGUGCAGACCCAGAGCUGCGUGAAGUAUUGGAGAAUGGUGCGUUUUCCAUAAGACGCACAAAGAAGAACUACAGCAGAUCUGCUGUAGACCUUUCCUUGGAGCAAACUGUGAACCGGGAUUCAGCAUCCAAAAUGAAGGGAAUAGUGUCCUUCCGAAACUCCGAGAGCGCAAUGAGACGUUGGUCAUUGAGUAUGACACAGCGAGCUACGGCAGUCACCGAACUAAGAGCAUUAGUUGGACUUGAACAGGGGGAAACUGCGACUUCCCAAUGCCGUCCUUCAAGAAUCAGGAAGGAUAACAAUCAGAUGGCAGAAUUGAGUGCAAAAAUUGACGAAUUUUGCAAUCCAUUUGGAGAUGAUGCCCCAACGGCUUUAGUAAACGUUGCAACUGGUCAAAUAGCAUCAAAGGUUACUGAAUCCUAUCUAAUCAAUGCGCUUCAAAGGGGUCAAGAAGAACGAGAUAAAUUCCAAGACGAGUGGAACAGAAACAGCCAUCGAUUUCUUGAGCCUGUGAAGCGUACGCGCAUACAGAACUUUGCUGCUCAAAACGUGAAGAAAAAGCUACCAGCCUCGCAGAAAGCCAAGGCAAACGCGGAAAGCUUGAGAGAUAUGUUUGCAC